AUGACGGCCAAGAAUCAAGAAGCUUCCAUCAAGAACAUGGAAAGACAAAUAGGCCAGCUCUCUAAACACUUCGCAACAGAGAGACCAUCAAGCUCCCUGCCAAGUGACACAAUUCCAAAUCCUAAGGAAGAGUGUAAGGCAAUACAGUUGAGGAGUGGGAGAACAUUGGUGAGCAACAAUGACACCACAAGGAAACAAGUGGAGAGCAGCAAAAAGCCAAUAGAUACAGAGGAAGCUAAUGAUCAAGAUAGGGUGCCAAACAAGAACACAGAGAACCCCAAAAGAGAAGAAGACCAGCCAAUCAAUACACAUAAGGAAAAAGAUGAAGCGAUUCAAGGACAACAGAAAAAGGAGAAGAACCUCACCCCUCCACUACCAUAUCCACAGAGGUUCAACAAAGAAGCCAAAGAUCAUCACUUCCACAAAUUCCUGGAAACUUUCAAGAAGCUGGAAAUCAACAUUCCUCUGGCUGAAGCAUUGGAACAGAUGCCCUUAUAUGCCAAGAAGCUUGCUAUAGAAGAACUCAAACCCACCAGGAUGUCACUAGUCAUGGCUGACAGAUCAACCAAAACGCCCAACGGAAUUGUGGAAAAUCUGCUAGUGAAGGUUGGGGAGUUUAUUUUCCCUGCGGAUUUUGUAAUUUUGGACACCGAAGAGGAAGGAAACAACUCAAUGAUCUUGGGAAGACCAUUUUUAGCAACCGCAAGAGCUAUAAUCGAUGUGGAAAAAGGGGAAAUGACUUUCAGAGUACACAAUGAGCAAAUGGUCAUAAAUGUCUUCAAGUCAAUGCAGCACCCCCCGAACAAGAAGACUACUUAA